CCUCAGCCGCUUCCGCCUCCGUCUCGCAGGCCACUCCUCUUAGUCUGUCGAGUCGGGUUUUCUCGCCACCGGUGACGGGUCGUCAGAGGUGCCCACCCUCGGCGCCUGCGCAGACUGAGGCUCACUGUCACCAUGACAGCGCCCGCCGGGGGCCCUGGGUCUUGGAGUGAAAAUAUACUGGAAUAUUUUCUGAGAAAUAACCAGAUCACAACAGAAGAUGGCGCCCAAAUCAUCUGGUAUCAUGCAGCUAACCACAAGGUGCAAAUGAAUGAGGCACUGAGAAGUACUGCUCAUAUGCUAGAGGCCGAUGUCAUUCUUCCAAGCGAUGGAUCAGAACAUGGCCAACCAAUCAUGGCCCAUCCUCCAGAAAUAAACAGUGAUAAUACUUUACAAGAAUGGCUGGCUGAAGUUAUUAAAAGCAGUAAAGGCAUCAAGCUGGAUUUUAAGAGUUUGGCAGCUGUAGAACCAUCCAUGAUGCUCUUGGAAAAUGUCAAGAGGCAUCUGAAGCGUCCGGUGUGGAUUAAUGCUGAUGUUCUUCCUGGUCCAAAUGGAAAUAGCAGAGCAGUGGAUGCAAAACCUUUUAUAGACACUGUGACAUCCUUCUUUCCAGAUGUGACAUUUUCCCUGGGUUGGACAACAGGAUGGCAUCCUGAGAAAGUGAAUGAAGGUUACAGUUGGACAAUGGUGAAAGAAAUGGAAUAUAUAUGUAAUGAACUAAAUCAGCCUGUAACAUUUCCUGUCAGAGCAGCAUUAGUCAGGCAGUCUUGUUCUCAGUUACUUUGGCUGUUGAAGCAAUCAAACAGGUACAGCCUGACCAUUUGGACUGGAAAAAAUGAUAGCUAUUCCAUUGAAGAUUUACUUUUUAUUAGAGAUCAUUUUGACAAAAAACGAGUUUUCUAUGACAUCUUGGAACCACAAAACCAUGAAUUUAAACAAGCCAUUGGAAUCAAAAUUAAUCUCUAAGAUGAAAAUUCUGCUAAAUUAUUUCAUGUUUUGCUUUUGCAAUCCUUCUUUGUCUGAUCUGAAUUAAUUACCAUAUAAAUUAUGAUGAUUGAUUUAUGUUCCAGUUCAUCCAGUCAAAAAAUUAUUGAGCGCUUACUCUUUAGGCUUAUGUCCUUAUAAUACCAUACCUACCUACAAGAUUUGGAAAGAAGAGAUUUCAUUGGGCCUCAUAUAAUAAUGAUUUAGGAAAAUGAAUCUUUAAAACCCUUAAUAAAAAUAUUUUGGUAUAUUGAAAAUAAUUGAAAAAAUCCACGUGUCAUACAGAUACUAAAUUACAUGUUGGUGCUAGCAUUACAGAGAUUCCAUAAAAAUAUGCCAUCCUCUUUUCUUUUCCCUGGAGAACUAAUUAUUUCAGAGACUGCAAAAGAGAAAGAGGGCUUUAAAAAUGUUUUUAACUUUCACAGGGUUGAGCAGUUUUCUUAUAACAAGAUCAAGUCUAUUUACUGAAAGCAAUGAGGAUUAAAUUAGGAUGUAUCUAGAACUUCCUUAUUGUUCAGAGCAUUCUGACAGCCGUAUAUUAAUGUGUUGUUUUAUAUUCUUUGUUUUGAUCAUAGUAACUUAUCUAGAGUGAGCAAAAUACUAUUGGAGAGCAGAAUUGUAAUCCUGGUAAUCUGUUAUUUGUUUUUCAAGUUUUUCACCCACACUACUUUGUUCCAGGCCCUUGUUCUACUACUAGAAUUUUUUAAAUUAUUUCCUCAUGACUUCAUUCCUCACAUUACUCAAAGAAGCCCUGGAUAAUUCUGCUGGAAAAAAAAAAACAACACAACUUUAAAAACACCUCUUUCUUAAUGCCAAAUCAAAAAUCUCUAGGGGCUUCUUAAAUUCAAACUUCAUUGAAUUUUACUCUUUCAAUACCCUUCCUAAUAUAGUCCCACUCUAAAAGUUAAUUCAGUGUCCUCAGCACAGUGCUUUGUUUCAAAAAUGCUUACACCAUCAGUAAUCUCCAGAUUUUACUUUAACGAUUACUUUUAACUGAUACUGUUCACUAGUUGUGUCAUACAUUGUAAUUAUGUCUCCUUAGCUAGACUAUGAAGUCCUUCAUGGUGAGAGAACAUUCUUAAUUGUCUUUACAGUAUCUGGCAUAGUCCUGAGCAAGAUAUUCAGAAAAACAUGUUGCUUUCUUUGAUUUAUUGAAAAGUAAUUUACCAAUGAAUGUCCUAAGAUAUGUAAUUUGUCUUUUAUCAACCAUUUCCCCCCAGAGAAUAAAAUAGUGCUGUGCAGAGAAAAGAGCUUCGGUUUUGAAUUCAAAUAGACUUCCCUUACAGCCCCACCUCUGUCCCUUGCCAGCCAUGGAUUUGGGAAAAUAUUUAACCUUAUUGAGUCUUGAUUCCUUCAUGUAUAAAAUGGGGGCAGGAGGCUGGGCGGAGGAUGAGGAUUCCCUUGUAGGGUUGUUGUAAAGAUUAAGGGAGAUUCUUGCAAAGGAGGCAUGUAGCUCAGUGCUUGUCUGGUAGCAAGUGUUCAACAGAUAGUCCCUUCUUAUUAGACUUACCAUGUGAUCAUACCCAUUGUAGAUAGAUAGCGGUAAGAGAUAUAACGUGAAACAUUGUACACAUGCCAAUACUUAAAGAAAAUGAUCAUAUUCUACUUUAAAUUUUAGCUACAACUGAAUAUGGUGCUAUUGGUCAAAUAACACCUAAAACUUCACUUUCUAUGGUUGUUUGCCAAAAGCAAAAGGUGAAAUUUCAUAAUUAUAAAAUUAUAACAAUUGUAGCAAAGAAUAACUCUUAAAACCUAUUGUUUACAUUAUAAAUGUUCAAAAAUGACCAUGCUUUGCUUUCACAAAAAGAGUUGAAUUUAUAAGU